AUGAAGUUCCAGUCUCUAGUUCCAUUCGUUGUACUCGCCGCUGGGCUUAGCGCCUAUGCCGCACCCACUGGUAAUGAUGCUACCUCAAGCAACAGCCUGGUAGCUCGAAACUCAGGUCUCUACCAAGGUGUCUCACUCUUCGGCCGUGGCGGAGAAUGGAGCGACGAUAAGGGAAAGGGUGAUGAUAAGAAGGGUGACGACGAGGGUGGCAAGGGAGAUGAUAAGAAAGAUGACAAGGGAGGCAAGGGAGAUGAUAAGAAAGAUGACAAGGGAGGCAAGGGAGAUGACAAGAAAGAUGACAAGAAGGGUGGCGACGAGGGAGGCAAGGGAGAUGACAAGAAAGAUGACAAGAAGGGUGGCGACGAGGGAGGCAAGGGAGAUGACAAGAAAGAUGACAAGAAGGGUGGCGACGAGGGAGGCAAGGGAGAUGACAAGAAAGAUGACAAGAAGGGUGGCGACGAGGGAGGCAAGGGAGAUGACAAGAAAGAUGACAAGAAGGGUGGCGACGAAGGAGGCAAGGGAGGCAAAGGAGAUGACAAGGGAGGCAAGGGAGAUGACAAAGGAGGCAAGGGAGAUGACAAGAAGGGUGGAGGCAAGGGAGGCAAGGGAGAUGACAAGGGAGACGACAAGAAAGAUGACAAGAAGGGUGGCGACGAAGGAGGCAAGGGAGGCAAAGGAGAUGACAAGGGAGGCAAAGGAGAUGACAAGGGAGGCAAGGGAGAUGACAAAGGAGGCAAGGGAGAUGACAAGAAGGGUGGAGGCAAGGGAGGCAAGGGAGAUGACAAGGGAGACGACAAGAAAGAUGACAAGAAGGGUGGCGACGAAGGAGGCAAGGGAGGCAAAGGAGAUGACAAGGGAGGCAAGGGAGAUGACAAGAAGGGUGGAGGCAAGGGAGGCAAGGGAGAUGACAAGAAAGACGGCGAGGGUGGCAAGGGCGAUGAGGGGAAGUCCGAGCAUGGUCACAGCAAGCAUGGUGAACAUGGCAAGCACGGUGGACAUGGCAAGCACGGUGGACACGGCGGCCAUAGCAAGCACGGUCAUGGAGGUGGCCACAAGGAAGGCGGCUGGAGUCACCACGACUACUAA